AUGCUGCAGGCCGUUGAUUUUGCGAAAGUGAUCCUGUCUGGCCAAUGGGCACCGAAGCUUCUAGCCGGAAGCCAUUUGACUGAGAGGGAUGCUUGGAGCAAGGCUUUUCUUGAUUUCUGGCACAAGUAUGAAAGUGUCAAUGAGGCACACCCAGUUUUCAACGAUCAUGCUGGAGAACUUAGUGUUUGCAUCCCCGUGCUUUUGCAUGGGGAUGAAGGUGUGGGACACCGACGACGACCUGUGUUGCAGCUAUCUUGGGGACCGUUGCUGUCAAUCGGCAGUGGCUCUUGGGACCGGCUCUUCCUCAUGACAACGUGCCCCUGCAAGCUUUAUUCUCACUUUAACAAAGGGAAUGAGGCGGGGAACAAAAUCCUGGACAAGCUGUUUGAUGAGAUGGCACGAUCCCUUCGCCGGGCAUACUGGACGGGUGUGACAGUGGGGAGUGUAACCUUCUACCUAGAUGAGAUGUUUGGGGAACCAGACCGUGGGGACGAUGAGGCUUCAGAGCCCGAAGGUGACGAGGAUGACGAGGCCUCCCAAGCUUCGGAGGAGGAGACCGGCGAUGUGCAGGGUCCCUUUGAUGUGCCGGCUGAUGACACAGCUGUCGAUGCUAAUCCCUUGGACAUGGAGGCUGAUGCAGCUAUUGGCCCCAAUCCCUUGGACGUGCAGGCUGAUGCAGCUAUCGGCCCCAAUCCCUUGGACGUGCAGGCGGAUGCAGCUGUGGACCCCAAUCCAUUGGACGUGCAGGCUGAUGCAGCUAUCGGCCGCAAUCCCUUGGACGUGCAGGCUUCAGUGGCUAUGGACCCUUUGGAGUGGGCUUCUCAGCGGUCACCUGCUGUGGUGGCAGAGGUUGUCUCGAGUCCCGAGGCGGUUCAGAGCAGGGAGGAUUUGGCAAAGGAGCAGCUGCAAGAGCGGUUGCGAGCCCUCAAGAACAUGAUGGUGCUCAAGCGCGAGGACACGCAGCUGGUGCCGCCGGAUGUCCUGGAUCAAGCUGCGAACAGGUACUUUCCGUUGGCUCCCAGAGGUCCCUGGCCCAUGGCUUGCAUCGUGCUGCUCCACUUGCUUCUGAGUCCGGUGCGAGUGGGUCCUCUGCUGGUGUGUGGCUGGGCCAAACUCAAUGUGCAGAUGGGUGCCGGGUUGCAGCCCUCUCAUGACACCAAGCCCGGAGCCAUCGUGAUCGAGGAGACCAUUGAGCGGGGAAGGCUGUUCCGUAGGCCUUCGACCAGUGACAUGGAAGGGCUUCGCUGCAACUUGGAAACCAAGUUUGCCGUCGAGGCGGCAACGGGUACCCGUGACGAGUUGCAAGUGAUUGCAAGACCGCUGGCAAGUUCAAAGAUGGGUUCUAUUAUGGGGCCGGGCACACGAGCCUCAAAUCCGGAUUCCAUCCCAAAGCCUUGUGGCACACAGCAGGUUUCAACCCUAGAGCCGAGUGAGAAGGAUCCCGCACUAGACUUUCGUGUGCCCUCCCAGAAGCCUUCCGCUUCAGAGCCUUGUGUGGUCUCCGAGAAGACUUCCACCCCAGACGCUUGUGUGGCCUCCGACAAGACUUCCACCCCAGAUGCUUGUGUGGCCUCCCAGAAGAAGUCUAAGAAGCCACGUAGGGACUCCCAACAGGAUGCCGGCCCCUCCCAGACCGCCAUGAAUGAGGCCAACUCCCUCCCAGAGCCUGUCAAGGUCGCGGAGAAGGAUCCCCUCCCAGAGCUUUCGGAUGGGAACGCAGCAGGUUGUGCAGCCGAUAUUCCGGAGGUUCCUCAUAGCUUUACUAGGGUUGAGCAGAGGAUGUUGCGGAAGCAAAAGGUGGCAGCUCAGCGGAAGCGCAAGCAUGGCGAGGAUCAGCCCCACGACGAGGCUGAGGGUGAGGAUUCAGAGGCACCAGAGCCACGUGGACGUGGCCGUGCUCGCGGUCGGGGAGGCCGCGGUCGCGGUCGUGGUCGCGGCCGCAGUGGAGCCGUCAAGGAUGAUGAGGAGAAGCCUUUGCAGAGCCUGAGCCGCAGCCGUAGCCCGGCUGUGAUGAAGCGGCCAGCUGCGAAGGGGCAGGUGUCUACUAUGGUGCCAAAGAAAUCGGCGGAGCCCAAGAACAAGGCCAAGGCUGUUAGCGAGGUGCCUAAGAAAGCGGCCCGGCCGAAGACGAAGCCGGGGGCUGCCAGCGAGGCGGCUGAUCGCGAGAAUGGUGCAUCCCUGCAGGAUCUAUUGAAGCUCGUGUUGGACGGGUUGCCCCUACUCAAGGCCCAGGCUGCUGAUAUGGUCAAGCUGCGUCCGGACUACAACUCACGAGAUGUACUCCCCAUCGCGGUGGAGCGCCGAGGCCCUUUGAAGCAGAUUGCCGGCUGCACACAGCUAUCGCAUGUAUAA